AGUGUUCUUCCUCCUGGCGCUAGGGUUCUGGUUCAGCUCUUAUGAUGAGGAAGUAGGAAGUUGGCCUCUUGUGCUGUACCCCGUGCGCUCUGCUGUGGGUUGAGUACUUGGCAGCUGCGCCAUGGUGAGCAAGGGGCUUCUGUUCCCAGACCGGGAGGAGUGGCCGGCCACGACUGCAGUGACCUAUGAUGAUGUGCAUAUCGACUUCACUUGGGAGGAGUGGACUUUGAUGGAUCCUUCCCAGAAGAAUCUCUACAAAGAUGUAAUGUGGGAGACCUACAGAAACCUUACUGCUGUAGGCUACAGUUGGGAAGACCAUGAUAUUGAAGAACAUUGUCAAAGUUCUGGAAGAAUUAGAAGGUCCAAAGAACAUCAUAUUGGGAAGAAACCCUCUGAAUAUACUCAAUGUGCAAAAGCACUUUUAUAUUAUGGUCAUCUUCAGAAUAAUGAAAGUAUUCAUACUGGAGAGAAACUCUAUAGUUGUAUUCAAUAUGAUGAAGCUUUUUCUCACAACAUUAGUCUCCAAAUACAUGAAGAAACACAUACUGGAAAGAAAAUCAGUGAGAGUAAUCAGUGUGGUAAAGCCUUCACAAGUCAUGGUCACUUUCAAAAACAUAAAGGAACACAUACUGGUGAGAAACCUUAUGAAUGUAAUCAAUGUGGUAAAACCUUUGCAUGUACCAUUAGACUCCGAAGACAUGAAAGAAGACAUACUGGAGAGAAACCUUAUGAAUGUAAUCAAUGUGGUAAAGCCUUUGCAUGUACCAGUAGUCUCCAAAGACAUGAAAGAACACAUACUGGAGAGAAACCCUACAAAUGUAAUCAAUGUGAUAAAGCCUUUUUACAACACAAUCGUCUCCAAAUACAUAAAAGAACACAUACUGGAGAG